AUGGGAAAGAGGAAGUCGAGAUCGAAGCCGCCUCCCAAGAAGAGGAAGGACAAGCUGGAUACGGUCUUCAGCUGCCCAUUCUGCAACCACGGGACCAGUGUUGAAUGCCGCAUGUAUGGCUGGUUCUCUUCUCAUACUGAAUGCUGUCGCUUCCUCCUCCUUACACAUACUUUUCUUUAACUUAACUAAUCAGGGUCAUCGGACUUUCUGACAUUUCUUCUCUUGACUCAGAGACAUGAAGAACCUGAUCGGCGAAGUCUCCUGCCGGAUCUGCCAAGAGAGCUUCAGCACUACUGUCACUGGUAUGCCCUCACCCUCGUCUCUCAUUAUAGAUUAUUCCACACUUGGUUUGUUUUUGUUCUACUUUGAGUAAUAUACAUGUUGCAAACUACUGACUCCAAUCCCUCGUCUUGUCCUCUGCAGCUUUGUCUGAGCCCAUCGACGUGUGAGUUGAACCAUUUCUACAAUCUAUUUCUUUCCCCAAGUGGGAAUUAUUCUCUGCUACUUCAAUUGAUUCCUUCCUUGAAUUACACAGGUACAGCGAAUGGAUCGACGAAUGUGAACGCGUCAAUGCUCUUGGAGAUGAUGGCGUCUAG